UCUAAGAUGGCAGGAACGGCGGCGGCGGCGGCGGCGGGGCCGGGCGUGGGCGGCGCAGGGGCGGCCGGCCCGGGUGUCACGGGGCCCUGCGGGGCAGUGUCCGUGUUCCCCGGCGCCCGCCUCCUCACCAUCGGCGACGCGAACGGCGAGAUCCAGCGGCACGCGGAGCAGCAGGCGCUGCGCCUCGAGGUGCGCGCCGGUCCGGACGCGGCGGGCAUCGCCCUCUACAGCCAUGAAGACGUCUGUGUGUUCAAGUGCUCGGUGUCCCGGGAGACGGAGUGCAGCCGUGUGGGCAAGCAGUCCUUCAUCAUCACCCUGGGCUGCAACAGCGUCCUCAUCCAGUUCGCCACGCCCAGCGAUUUCUGUUCCUUCUAUAACAUCCUGAAAACCUGCCGGGGCCACACCCUGGAGCGGUCGGUGUUCAGUGAGCGCACGGAGGAGUCCUCUGCUGUGCAGUAUUUCCAGUUUUAUGGCUACCUGUCCCAGCAGCAGAACAUGAUGCAGGACUACGUGCGGACAGGCACCUACCAGCGUGCAAUCCUGCAGAACCACACGGACUUCAAGGACAAGAUUGUUCUUGACGUCGGCUGCGGCUCUGGGAUCCUGUCGUUUUUCGCCGCCCAGGCUGGAGCGAGGAAGAUCUACGCGGUGGAAGCCAGCACCAUGGCCCAGCACGCCGAGGUCUUGGUGAAAAGUAACAACCUCACGGACCGCAUCGUGGUCAUCCCCGGGAAGGUGGAGGAGGUCUCACUCCCCGAGCAGGUGGACAUCAUCAUCUCGGAGCCCAUGGGCUACAUGCUCUUCAACGAGCGCAUGCUCGAGAGCUACCUCCACGCCAAGAAGUACCUGAGGCCUGGGGGAAACAUGUUCCCCACCAUUGGUGAUGUCCACCUCGCACCCUUCACGGAUGAACAGCUCUACAUGGAGCAGUUCACCAAGGCCAACUUCUGGUACCAGCCAUCCUUCCAUGGAGUGGACCUGUCAGCUCUUCGAGGUGCUGCGGUGGACGAGUAUUUCCGGCAGCCUGUGGUGGACACAUUUGACAUCCGGAUCCUGAUGGCCAAGUCUGUCAAGUACACGGUGAACUUCUUAGAAGCCAAAGAAGGAGAUUUGCACAGGAUAGAAAUCCCAUUCAAAUUCCACAUGCUGCAUUCCGGGCUGGUUCACGGUCUGGCCUUCUGGUUUGACGUCGCUUUCAUUGGCUCCAUAAUGACCGUGUGGCUGUCCACGGCCCCGACGGAGCCCCUGACCCACUGGUACCAGGUCCGGUGCCUGUUCCAGUCACCACUGUUCGCCAAGGCCGGGGACACGCUCUCAGGGACAUGUCUGCUUAUUGCCAACAAAAGACAGAGCUACGACAUCAGUAUUGUGGCCCAGGUAGACCAGACAGGCUCCAAAUCCAGUAAUCUCCUGGAUCUGAAAAACCCCUUCUUCAGAUACACAGGCACGACGCCCUCCCCGCCGCCUGGCUCCCACUACACGUCCCCUUCGGAGAACAUGUGGAACACCGGCAGCACCUACAACCUCAGCAGCGGGAUGGCCGUGGCUGGGAUGCCGACCGCCUACGACCUGAGCAGUGUUAUCGCCGGCGGCUCCAGCGUGGGGCACAACAACCUGAUUCCUUUAGCCAACACGGGGAUUGUCAAUCACACCCACUCCCGGAUGGGCUCCAUAAUGAGCACGGGGAUUGUCCAAGGUAACGGUGGGCGGGGGGAGCAGGGUCCCGCGGGUGUGAGGGUGCCCACCGCCGGGCGCCCGCCUGCCCUCUCGCCUGCGCUCUCUCUCUCUGACUCUGCCGUGGGUCUGGGCGGGCGAGGGGGCAGAGCUGGCUCCUCAGUGCCCACACCCCGCCCCACAGGGUCCUCCGGCGCCCAGGGCAGCAGCAGCGGCAGCUCCAGCGCCCACUACGCGGUCAACAGCCAGUUCACCAUGGGCGGCCCCGCCAUCUCGAUGGCCUCGCCCAUGUCCAUCCCAACCAACACCAUGCACUACGGGAGCUAGGGCCCUCCGGCGUGGAAUGGACUGACAGCACCAGGAAACCAAAUGAAGACCCUGCCCACCCCCCCUCCACCCGGGUGGCUCUCACCCUUGUACCGGAGAAGCCCAAACACCCGCUCACAGCCCUCUUUGCUAUGGGAACUUGAACACUUUUUUACACGAUGUUGCCGCCGCCCCCAGCCCGCUGCCCGCCCACAUCUUGGCCCUGAGCGCGUGUCGCUGCCAUAUUUUACACACGAUCGUGUCGUGGGAGCCCUGUUACCCGCUCCUGCCCUCUCCACCCUGACCUGGGUUUGAAAUCUUCUGUAACAGGUGUGUCCGGGCCUGACAGCUGCAGGCCUGGCAGGGAGGGAGGGGAGCAGCUGCCGCCCGCGCCCCCCCCCCC